GCGGAGAAGCCCAGCCGAGCACUUUCAGGGACCCUGUGAAGCAGCUCUCUCCGGGAUGUGCGAGGAGGAGGACAGCACCGCCUUGGUGUGUGACAAUGGCUCUGGGCUCUGUAAGGCCGGCUUUGCGGGGGAUGAUGCUCCCCGGGCCGUUUUCCCGUCUAUCGUGGGACGUCCUCGACAUCAGGGAGUGAUGGUGGGAAUGGGACAGAAAGACAGCUACGUGGGUGAUGAAGCGCAAAGCAAAAGAGGGAUUCUGACCCUGAAGUACCCGAUAGAACACGGCAUCAUCACCAACUGGGAUGACAUGGAAAAGAUCUGGCACCACUCCUUCUACAAUGAGCUUCGUGUUGCUCCUGAAGAGCAUCCAACCCUUCUCACCGAGGCGCCCCUGAACCCCAAGGCCAACCGGGAGAAAAUGACCCAGAUUAUGUUUGAGACUUUCAAUGUCCCAGCCAUGUAUGUGGCUAUUCAGGCGGUGCUGUCCCUCUACGCCUCUGGACGUACAACUGGCAUUGUGCUGGACUCUGGAGAUGGUGUCACCCACAACGUGCCCAUCUAUGAGGGCUACGCCCUGCCCCACGCCAUCAUGCGUCUGGACCUGGCUGGCCGAGAUCUCACCGACUACCUCAUGAAGAUCCUGACCGAGCGAGGCUAUUCCUUCGUGACCACCGCUGAGCGUGAGAUUGUCCGGGACAUCAAGGAGAAACUGUGCUACGUAGCCUUGGACUUUGAGAAUGAGAUGGCCACCGCCGCAUCCUCCUCCUCCCUGGAGAAGAGCUAUGAGCUGCCUGAUGGGCAGGUGAUCACCAUCGGGAAUGAGCGUUUCCGCUGCCCCGAGACCCUGUUCCAGCCCUCGUUCAUCGGGAUGGAGUCUGCUGGCAUCCAUGAGACCACGUACAACAGCAUCAUGAAGUGUGACAUUGACAUCAGGAAGGACCUCUAUGCUAACAACGUCCUCUCCGGGGGCACCACCAUGUACCCCGGCAUUGCUGACCGCAUGCAGAAAGAGAUCACGGCCCUGGCCCCCAGCACCAUGAAGAUCAAGAUCAUCGCCCCUCCCGAGCGCAAAUACUCUGUCUGGAUUGGCGGCUCCAUCCUGGCCUCUCUGUCCACCUUCCAGCAGAUGUGGAUCAGCAAACAGGAGUACGACGAGGCCGGGCCGUCCAUCGUGCACCGCAAAUGUUUCUAAGACACUGCCCUGCUCUCUUGUCUGUCUCUAGUACACACUGUGAAUGUUCUGUGGAAUAAGGCCUUCAAUUCUUUUUCAAAUCAUUCCUAGCCCAAGCUCUGACUCGUUACCUAUGUGUUUUUUAAUAAAUCUGAGAUAUGUUACCUGUAA